GUAAAUUCUUUCAAUGUGUCACUUCCCACAUUAGUACUAUUGCCUAGCCUUUGAUUUUCCAAGAUAGCCGUUGUGCUGAACCUUAAUUAACGGGCACCAUGGGCACGGCAGGUACUGUCGCCAAUGGCGAUGCUCCGCGGCCCUCGAAGAUCCCUUUUUGGCGUCUAGUUCUCGACCAAAAAGUUGUCACCCCGGAGAUUGUUGAUUUUCCCUAUGAAGGGUCGGGGACAGAAGAAUCCCCCUAUGUCGUCAGCUGGAUUCCCAAUGACCCUCGAAACCCCAUGAACUUCCGAGUCCUCUCGAAAUGGCUGUAUACCGCUCUAGUCGCCUUCGUGACCCUUACCACGGCCUUGGUAUCGUCAGUAUACUCCGGUGGCAUGAGUCAAGUUGUCAAACACUUCCAAUGCAAGGAAGAGGUUGCGAUUUUAGGUAUCUCCCUAUUCGUUCUAGGCUUCGCUUUUGGCCCAUUGCUGUGGGCUCCGAUGAGUGAGGUAUUCGGACGCCGUAACAUUUUCAUGGGGACCUUUGCGGUUUUCACGGCAUUCAAUGCAGGAGCUGCUGGUGCCCAGAACAUUCAAACACUGGUCAUCUUUCGCUUCCUGGCUGGCUUUUUUGGAUCGUCACCUUUUGGCAAUGCAGGAGGAACGAUCGCAGACAUGUUCCCCGCCGCCAAACGCGGUAUUGCCAUCAGUUUCUUCGCUGCGGCACCGCUUUGCGGACCUACUAUUGGUCCAAUCAUCGGAGGAUUCCUUGGUGCCAAUGCAGGCUGGCGCUGGGUGGAGGGAUUCAUGGCUGCCUUGUCCGGUGUCUUGUGGUUGUGCCUUUGCUUUCUCCUCCCAGAGACGUAUGCCCCGGUUCUCUUACGCCAGCGAGCAGCAAAACUGUCUGAAUUAAGCGGCAAAGUCUACCGCAGCAAAUUGGAUAUCGAUAAUGGCAAGGUAUCCUUGCGCAGGUCCCUGAAGAUCGCCCUAUCACGACCAUGGCUUCUGCUCUUCUUCGAGCCCAUUGUCCUUCUGCUCUGUAUAUAUAUGUCCAUCAUUUACGGAACACUGUACAUGCUGUUUGCAGCCUACCCUAUCGUCUAUCAGGAAGGACGCGGCUGGAGUGAGGGUAUCGGAGGCUUGGCCUUUCUGGGAAUCCUAGUUGGAAUGGUGAUAGCAGUUGCCUUGACUAUUCCCCACAACCUGGAAUAUUCGAAAAAGUGCCAAGUCAAGGGUCGUCUGCCUCCUGAGGCCCGCCUGCCCCUAUGUAUCGUGGGAGGGAUCGCCUUACCCAUCGGUCUUUUCUGGUUUGCCUGGACCAACUACCCAUCCCUCCCCUGGAUAGCUUCAGUGGCUGCGGGCGCGCCAUUCGGUUUCGGCCUGGUCUUGGUAUUCCUGACUGUCUUCAACUAUCUCAUCGAUGCGUAUACUAUCUAUUCAGCGUCCGUUCUGGCAGCAAACUCGGCACUCCGGUCUCUGUUCGGGUUCGCAUUCCCAUUGUUCACAACAUACAUGUUCAACAACCUCGGUAUCCACUGGGCUUCCUCAAUCCCGGCAUUCCUGGCACUUGCAUGUGUCCCCUUUCCCAUCAUCCUUUAUCUAUACGGCGCUCGUAUCCGCAAACGCUGCCUCUAUGCUGCUCAGGCAGAGGCGUUCGUCCAAAAACUUAUGCAACAAAACCAGGCCCCGCCGCAGGAAAAAUCCGACGUGGAGAAGGGGGAUCCAGCCACUGUAUCCGACGACGAUGUUAGUGAUAACGAGAGCCUUUCUACCGGUCCUUCGGGAGGUGCAGCUGAGCGCCGGGCGUCGCAUGUUUCCAGGAAGACCGGCCAUUCUAUCACUCGUACGGUCACCUAUGAGGAGAACCCGUAUGAUAUUGACCGGGUCAAUACCUGCAACUCUACCAUCAGCGGGCGUCCUCCGAAAAACUCGGUCAAGGCAUGAGAAGAUUCCAGGUCUUCGUGAUGAGCUCCUGAUACCUAUCACAUCAGAAGCCCCCAAGUCCCUCCGCCGAAACAUCCCAUACCGGUUUGGGCAGUCAUCCAUAAAGUGUAGUACGGGUGUACCUGCACUAGGAUCAUACCCCGGAGAGCGACAGGGAUAUUGAACGCCGGCGGACAAUGAUUCGCCAAAGCAAGCCAACUGAACUACACCAAAUCAGCCCCUCCAACGGCUACCCCUCAACCAACCACAAAGGUUGUUGGAAUUCAUCUUCCUAUUCAGUGUUCAUGCAUAUACGGCGUUACAUCAACCAUAGUGGGACAAAAAUAGAG